UCCGCUGACAUCUCCUGCUCUUCCAGGAACUGGCGAAAUACGAGGACAUGGAGGAUCAAGUGGUGCUAACUGAGAAAGAGCUGCUCGAGGAUGGCUUUGGCGAGCACCCUUUCUACCACUGUCUGGUCGCAGAAUUGCCGAAAGAGCAGUGGUCGCCUGAAGAGCACCGCAUUGUGGGCUUUGCCAUGUAUUACUUCACUUAUGAUCCAUGGAUUGGGAAACUGCUGUAUCUUGAAGACUUUUAUGUGAUGGCUGAGUAUAGAGGACUUGGCAUUGGAUCAGAAAUUCUGAAGAACUUGAGUCAGCUUGCUGUGAGGUGCCGCUGCAGCAGUAUGCACUUCCUCGUGGCGGAGUGGAACGAACCGUCCAUCAGGUUCUACAAGAGAAGGGGUGCCUCUGAUCUGUCCACUGAGGAGGGGUGGAGGCUCUUCAAAAUUGACAAAGAAUAUCUCUUGAAGAUGGCAACAGAAGAGUGAGAGAUUAUUCCAGCAGUUAAAUUCUUUCUGUGAAUGUGUGCUCUCUGAAUAAACUCCUUCUUGCUUUCUGUGUACGGUUUGUAGUGGAAUAAAGUAGUCUGGAUGCUGAUAGUGAAAAUGCUGUGCAGGUGUGGCCGUAGAGCAGUUGGUGCUGUGACCCGGAGCUGAGGCAUCUGUGAAGUCAAGAAUGUGCUUGUGUGCAUCCUUUACCAGUGUGGGCUUGUAAUCCUUGUAUAUGGAAACUUCAUUCUUGUAAGUGUCAUUCAAAUGUGUACAAUGUACACACUGGUAGAGUUUGUUUUAAUUAUUGCCUUUUAUAAGAAUAAAUAGUGUUUGCACUUCAUGGUGGUAUUCUGACUUUAAUUCUCACAUACAGUUUUCAGUUAGGUAACAUGCAGAUUAGUGAAAGACUUAAUUCAC